CUCAUUCUUAUCUCACGUACAGCUAUGCACCGUUCUUCAUCUGACUCUCUCACGGCCACACGUACUCGGUCUCAUCCUGAGCCGUUCUCUACGUGCACUCUUUGCUCUCUCUGACCAACAAGCCAUGUCUCCUCCGCGUUUGGUUCCUGCUGUACGCGCCUCCUCCUUGUUGUCCGUCCAUGGAGCUCGCUCCGGCCUCCUGCUCCCUCAGUCGGCACUGUGCUCGGCUUCCAGCUCAUCAAGCUCAGCCCCCAUGGCCGAGCGCCCUCCCAGCCAUGACCCCCCCGGUGUUUGGCCCUAGUCGCUCGCCCUCAACUGUGCUGCGCCAACGCUCCAGCCAUGGAGUCCCUACGCGCACACCUCCACUCGGAUUUCGCCAAGGCUCGUGCUGUUCCCUGGCGCUUCUUCCUGCGCCGCGCCCCUGGCUCCUCUGUUGGCCGCGCGGCCGUCUCCUGCUCCCUGCUCGCCGAGCUCCUUGUGCAGGCCGCAUUCCUCUACUCGGCCACGGAUGUCACAUUGUCGGCCGCGGCUUUCUCUCUCUACUUCACCUCCCUGUGCGUGGUAGUGCCCCUCUGCUCGCCACGGCGCGUCGAACUCUCGCGCCGAGUCCUUUUCCUGCUCGGCCGCCCGUGUUGCUGUUCUUUGCAUGUGCGCAGCUCCCUGUGCGUCGCUGUCCUCCCUCCCCAACUCCCUCUGGUCCGCGCUUUCUUCAGUUCGGCCAGACAGGACAUCGUUCCCUGCUGCAGUUCGUUGUUGAAUCGCCUGCUCGUUGUCUGUGCCAUCGAAACUUUCCGAGCUGUGCGCUCCUCUGUCCGGACCACCAGCCUACAAUUCCAGUAUUCUCGCCAUUGAAGAAUAGUCGCCGCACUCUGCGUCCUCGCCGUGUUCGUGAAGCUGUCGUGGAGUUGUUGUCAUUUUUCUUCGCGUCGUGUGCACACCACGCCGCCGCCUUCGUAUUUUUGGCAAGCCCCAACGUGCGCUCACGCUCAUCAUCCCCUGUUCGACCUUGUCGUCGAGCUUCGUCUCAGCCUUAGCUUGUCGGUCACGCUCGCCAGAUGUUCGAUCGAGGACUUCAGCUGAAGGCCGUCGUCGUUCAGGCAACUACCAAAUCAAAUUGAGAUGUGGUACGUGAAUUAACCACAUGAUGCGGAGAACCAGAACUGAGUCGACCACAAGAUGGUGCUGAUGAACGGAACUGAAGAUGGACAGACGAAACAAGUAUCAGAACAAAAGAUGGUCGUCAAGUGAUCGACGUCUAACAAACACUAACCUAGUGUUACCCAGGCAAGACCCGGUGCAUGCAACCCCUUUCUUAUGUUUUUAAAAGAUUUUUAUACACUUUAAGUCUAGUGAAAUGUGCAUUAAGUUUAUAGGAGUUGCUUGGAAACUAUUGGAUGCAUUGCCUACCUUAAUAUCCAUACCUUUAUAAAUACUUCUGAUGAAGUAUCAAAAUAUGAUUUACAAAAAUGC